UAGCCCCACCAGCAGGCAGGAGCCGGCCCCACCUCGCGGCCCCAAAUCCCCCCUUCCCGAUUCCAAAUGUCUUCCUCCUCCGAGCUCGUGCUCUACAACCUGGUCCCCGCCCCCCAAACCCUAAACCCUCCCCAACCCCACGCCGCCGCCGCCGUCUCCGGCGACCUCUCCAUCUCCACCGCCGUCGCGCCGCCGCCACAGGAGCCUCUCCGCGUCCGGGCGCGCCACCCGGUGGGGUCCUCCGCCGACCGCCACGCCAAGGUCGCCGGCCGCGGCCGCCGGGUCCGCAUACCGGCCAUGGUGGCGGCGCGCGUCUUCCAGCUCACCCGGGAGCUCGGGCACCGCACGGACGGCGAGACCAUCGAGUGGCUGCUCCGCCAGGCCGAGCCCUCCAUCAUCGCCGCCACCGGCACGGGCGUCACGCCCGAGGAGGCGCCCCCCGCGCACCCCGUCGCGGCCACCGCGUCCCUGAUGCCCGUGCCAUACUAUACUGCGCUCCUCAUGCAGCCACCGCCAACCGCCGAUUCUGCAUCCGGCUCUGGCAUCGCCGCACAGGAGAAUAAUAACUAGGCUAGGUAGAAGACGGCGGUUACUAUGGUUAGGACUCUAAUGUUAGUUAUUAGCUUAGGCUUUCUUAUGUGUGUGUGCUCUGUAGCCAUGGCAAUGGCAUCCCCCCCUCAAUAAUUAACAUAUUACCUUGGGGGAUGCCAUGGAUUCCGUUGCUUAGAUUGUCAGUUAUUUAGGUAGAGAACGGAUUGAGAUGGUAACAACAGAAGAGGGGGGAAAAGACAUUUAAGCAAUUUCUGAGUUCUCCUCAUGUUGGGAAAAAAGUCUGACAUCUUGUGGUGCUUCAGUUUGUGUUUGAAUGUUCCUUUUCUCUCAGUGCAUGGUUAGUGCUUC